AAUUACGUCAUAGAGGAGAAACAGCGCGCUUCUUUAGCGCCAUCGCCUGACAAAUCAGCGCUCUGUGAUGAUGAGUGAAAAUCUGAAGAAUCUUAAAAUAGCCAAUGUUAAAUGUAACUGGUACAGUAGCACAUUUGGCCUAUUGGCAACUGAACACAUAAUCAAGACAAAAAUAAUCAACAAAUUCGCAAGGUUUGCAGGGCGUGGAAAGGGAAAGACCCGCACUUCAUAGAUUUGAAAGAUACGCUCCUCCCCUUAUGCACAAACGUAAAGCUGUGUCCUCGAGCUUUCUGAGUAUAAUAAUACCAGUGGAAACUGUUCACUGCAGAAGGGAAAGAAAGAGAGAGCAGUAUUGUCGGAAGUGAAACAUUUCAAAUGAGGAUGACCGGCAGACUGCUCCUCCUCACUCUCUCUGUGCUCUCUGGCCCGCUGAGCUGCUAUGGCUUCAGAAUUUGUGCCUUUAAUAUUAAGAGUUUUGGUGAUUCAAAAUCAGCCGAUGCCAAAAUCAUGAAUUCUGUAUCAAGGAUUGUAUCUCGCUGUGACAUAUGCCUGCUCCAGGAGGUCAGAGAUCAGAAAAAUAAAGCCAUCCCACGACUGCUUGCUGCAGUCAACAGACUUAAUGGUAAUGAUUAUGACUAUGUGGCAAGUGAACGUCUCGGGAGGACACAAAACUAUCAGGAGCAAUACGUUUUUGUUUUCAGGAAAAGCACAGCGAAGCUGAAAAACCAGUAUCAGUAUCCAGAUACACAGAAAGGGGAUGUAGAUGCUUUUUCCAGAGAACCAUUUGUGGUACAUUUUCAAGCCCCUAAAACAGUGGCCAAGGAGUUUGUCUUGAUCCCGCAGCACACCACUCCCUCAAAUGCCACCAAAGAGAUUGACGAACUCUACGAUGUCUUUGUGGACAUUAGAGCACGGUGGAAAAUUGAGAAUGUGAUGCUCCUUGGGGACUUCAAUGCAGCUUGUGGUUAUGUGGCCAAAAGGAACCGUAAGAAAAUCAGGCUCUUCUCUGACCCAUCUUUCAUCUGGCUGAUUCAGGAUGACGUGGACACUACAGUGAAACAGUCGACUAACUGUGCAUAUGACCGAAUUGUUGUGCACAGAGAGCCAUUUCUCAGAACAAUUGAACCUAUUUCAGCACAGCCGUUCAAUUUUCCCAAGGAAUUCCACCUUACAGAGGCUGAGGCCCUAGAAGUGAGUGAUCACUACCCCAUCGAGGUGCUCCUCAAAACUCAGAAAGUGUCCUUCAAAGGAAACAGCAAAGCUUUGUGUCUUCUGCCAACAGUGUUUGUCUUGAACAUCUUACUGCUACUGCAAAUGAUCAUAUGAACACGAAUGAACCAGAAGUGGAUUAUUCAUCUCACCUAGAUGAAGUGGACUUUACUUUGCUGUUAUACAGCUGUUAAUGUACCUUAGCUUAUACAGAUCCACAACUGCAUCUUCAGGAUGUGCUGAACAGUGGAUGUGACUUAUGAAUAAAUUAUGAAAAAUUUAUUUUGCUUUGAUUAAUCUAAGUUAAUCAGGUUUCCAUAAAUGGCUUUAGAGAAAAUAUAUCCAAUCUUUGUAAUAAAUAUUGUUUUACUGUGGAAACUUUCAGGAAAUAUGUCGUCACACAAAAGGCCCAAAGAAAAAAUC